CUUUACUUUUGGACCACGGUAUCGAAAGCCUUACGCGACGGCACAACGCAGGCACCGUUGGCAUUGAUCUUUGUGUUUUUCCAAAAGUCUUGUCAUCAUCAUGGUCCUAUCUUUCAUCCUGGUCCAAAACCGUCAAGGCAAGACUCGACUCGCCAAAUGGUACGCGCCGUACACGGAUGAAGAAAAGGUCAAGUUAAAGGGAGAGGUCCACCGUCUGAUUGCCCCCCGAGACCAAAAGUACCAGUCCAACUUUGUCGAAUUCCGCAGCGCACCCAGCAGCAGUUCUUCUUCCUCGGGUGGCCACCAACCCUUGGUCCGGCAGAACCUGUCGUCCACGAAGAUCGUCUACCGACGGUACGCCGGGUUGUUCUUCUGCGUGUGCGUCGACGCCAACGACAACGAACUGGCCUACCUCGAGGCCAUUCAUUUCUUCGUGGAGGUCCUGGACCAGUUCUUUGGGAACGUCUGCGAGUUGGACCUGGUCUUCAACUUUUACAAGGUCUACGCCAUCCUGGACGAGGUCUUUUUGGCCGGGGAGAUUGAAGAGACGAGCAAACAGGUCGUGUUGACCAGACUGGAACACUUGGACAAGUUGGAGUGAGACUUCUCUUUUUUCUCUACGAGAUGAAAUCCCGGAUCACAACAAAAUAUGAUAUGAUAUGAUCAGGGGGUCGCCAGGAUCGACAGUACGAGACCGGUACAGUACAACAGGAAUAAAGGCACUCUUACUCUGUUGGGACCCCGGACAACUAUUUCUUACGCCUCUCACGACACCAAAACAUUUCUGCCUCUCGGACCACGGUUUUCCUGACAUGAGCUGUCUGAAACCAGUCCGAUCUUGGGAUGCGACGGGAAAGCGAUUCAUCAGCAUCAGAACAAGACUGGAAAAGAGGGGCCCCACGGCUGUUCUGUUAGACUGACAAAAGGAGAAUGUUAUGCCGACGGACGCAGUACAAGGUGUUAUGACAAGCCGCUCGAGCUGUACUCCCGUACACACCAUCACUACCAGGGCCCUUUUGCAGACGAAAUCCGCCAGACCACGUACACUACGGUAUCUGAUGAGCUGGUUCAGGAGAGGUCCCACCUCACCGCCAUGGAGGAAUGAUCGGAGGAUAUCCGUACCGUGGUGCUCCAUCAGCGGAUGGACAUGGCAGGAAUCCAACACCACCAUCGUCCAAGCCUUUAUCGUCUUCGGUGCCCAAAGCCCGAGACAUAUGGACGCAACGCGAUUCACAGACAGAACCAUGAAGAAGCACAUGCUGUAUGCUACUCCCUCCGGGCACCUACAACAUAAAGGCUACACAAGGGAAAAAUACAGAGUAACCUGAAUACAUUCAUCGAGCAUGAUCCCCCGCCUUGUAGAUCUUAGAGAUGUUGAGAUGUUUCUUAGUGUUCGUAAUUUCCUC